UACACUGUGAUGUGGUCAUAAAAACAUUUUAUAUUGUUGUCAUACAAAAGAGGCAGUUCACCUGGGUUGAUUUAUAAGGUGUUGUCGUGACAAAAUGGGCAAUGGCAUGAAUAAGAUUAUUCCUGGACUUUAUGUCGGGAACUUCAGAGAUUCGAAGGAUUCUGAGCAGCUUGAAAAAUACAAAAUAACACACAUUCUGUCCAUACAUGAUAAUGCCAAGAAGAUCAUGGAGGACAAGGAGUACCUGUGUAUUGUUGCCAGUGAUACUCCGGAUCAGACCCUCACCAAGUUCUUCUCCCAGUGUAUAGACUUCAUUCAUGAGGCACGACUCAAAGGUGGCAACGUCCUAGUCCAUUGUAUCGCUGGAGUGUCUAGAAGUGUGACAGUGACCGCUGCUUACAUCAUGACGGUCACUAGCCUUGGCUGGAGAGAUGCCCUGAAUGCUAUAAGAGGAGCGCGAAGCUGUGCCAAUCCUAACUUUGGUUUUCAGCGACAGCUACAACAAUUUGAAACUGAUCUUGUAGAGAAGGAGCGGAAAAGAGUUAAGGAUAAGUAUGAUCCAAGUCCAUAUAAUGACGAGAUGGAAUGCCGAGCGCUGCUCACAGCUUUCAAGAAGUUUGUUUUGUAUGGUGACCCUAAGGACAAAGAUGAUGGCCUCUACCCCUUACCUCCAAAUGCAUACAAGUCUCGGGACAAAUCUCCGCCAAAAGAUUCCAACAAAAAGACAAACUACACAAAACAUGCUGAAAAAGAUACUAUGAAUAAGAAAACAUCCUGACGCCAUGGUCAGGAUUUCUCUAAUGACGUUUCGUUUUGGAAUGACAACGAAACAAGUUAAAGAAACCCUGUCACAGUUUUAUCUUUUGAGAAAAAGAAUCGAAGAAGAUCGAACACUUAACGAUUUGAAUUUGUAAGAAUUUUAAUGAUUUAACCUUAGCUGGAAUUCUUAGCAGUAUAAAAAUAAUAUAAACACAAAUAUCUAUAGCUAUACUUAUGCUACUAAAUAAACACUCUAA